AGCAAAUUCUGACCCUUACAGGAAAAGACCAAGACCACAGCUGUGGGAACGCUGGGACUUCCAUGUCUCACCAACGCCUCAUGGUACCAGUGGGAUGGCCAUGGGCCCCUGUUAAGAAGCCUGUUUCUCUGCUAAAUGCCACCACCUCAUCCUCUGAGGCCUCAGAGGAAGCAUUGACAAGGAUGCCCCAUGCCCCUGGCACUCAGAGGGCUCCCGGAGACCAGGUACCUGCUCAGCCCCAGGCAGGAGAGGGCCCUGUGGGGUCAGCAAUCAGGGACUCCAUCCACACGCACCAGGAGGAACAGGAGCAGCAAACAGCAAUGUGGGAGGCAAUGGCCCUUAUUACCCAGACACUGCAGGAGUGCAGCUGUGCCUUGGACACCCGUCUGCCCCAAGCUGGUGACUGUCUGGCUGUCUCCAUGGACAGGUUGGCAGUGCCAUGCCAGCCAGGUCUCAGUUCCCUCAGGGCCUGCUGGAGAUGCACUCACACCCACACUUCAGCCAUUCAUCCUCAGGACCAAAACCAUGGCGACGGGGUUGGGGGGAGAGAGGUGGAUGGCAAGCACAGCGGGUACCCCAUUCCUCACAGGGAGGUGCCAAGAGGCACCCAGCCAGAGGAAGAACUGCACACAAUUCCUGUCGGACCAUUCCACUCCAGUUCCACCUCCAUCCUUAAUGAACCCCCACCUCCCCCACAAUCUCUGAACCUUGGAAGUUGCAGCUGAGGAAGGUCCACUUGCCUUUGGCAAAAGGACUGUGUCAUCCUGUUGGGCCCAUCCAGACACACAACCAGGGGCAAGAGACUCAACU